UAGUGAUUCCUAACUAUGAAAUGUUUACCUUCUUCACAGAUGCAGUUGGUCUUUUUUCUGGGUCCAAAGGAACUGGCAGGUCUGACCGUAAACCUAACGCUCAACAGCAUAAAUUACAGCCGCUUGAUCAUUGCCAAUGUGGAACGAGCACCCUACAGCAACUUUUCUGCUUUCGCCUGGUGGUUUAAUGACUAUGCUCGUAUGGCCAACUUGACAGUUCUUCCCAAUGCCGAGAUUCGGGAUGCCUUCUUGUCCAUGUUUCUUAACAGACUGAAGCCCCACUUUAAGUACUUUCCACCAGAACUAUGGGGUGUGUGGUUUGACGGGUACUUACCUCUGUUCCUUCCUGGAAUAAACAGCACACAGAUAUCAUGGCUCUCCACGGAUAUUUCAUGUUCUUCCUACCAGUCAGUGGUCAGAGGAUUUAACCAAGCAUACGAAAAUUUGCCCAGUAACACAAAAGUUGAUUUCUACGACAUGUACAUUGGAACAUUUUUGAGAAACAGAGCUCUGGCUAAAGAUGUAUGUAACUACACAAAUCCUUUGCAGUGGGUCACUGAUAACCUUGGAAGCUUUUCAAACCAAGCCACAUACCAAGCCUUACUGAUCUAUAAUGGACAUUUUAGCAAGGUGAUGGAUAACAUCUUCUUAACUAAUCAAGAACUGUCAGAAUUCACAAUCAUAUCAGACAGUGUGUGCAACAGCACAUUACUAAACAUCGUGCUAACCAAAGUUGCUUCAUUGGCAUCCUAUGAAGAUGUUCAGGAUUACCUGAUGUACCUCCAGGACAGUUUAGUGCCGGUCUCGUCAGCAGGCAUGGCUUGGUGUAGCAGUGACAAACUCUUGGGCCAGUUAAGUGAGAUGACAACACAGGACAUUAUCAGCAAUGUCCUUUUUGUGCUAAACAAUGACUGGGCUCUGAACAAUAUGACGGAGUGGAUGACAACAUUGAAUCUUCUACUUGAGAACUUCCCCAAAGCCUUUAAUGAAUCUCAUAUCUUAAGCCUACCUCUUAAUAUGUCCUGCGGAAACUACCAAGACCUAGUACAGUCAUUGAAUGUCGAAUACCCGAACUUCAGCAAAACACAACUGGUUUUUGUCUACAAAUACUGCCUGUCAUACCUAACCCAUCAAAUGACAUUAACAGGAUCGGCUUGUGCUGAAGGGGUGACAAAUACUGAACAAUGGAUCACUAGGAAUUUUGAAAAGUUUUACAUUAAAGCUAAAAUCACUGAACUAAUUUCCUUGUUUCCAAGUCUGGAUUUUGCUGUGCUAUUCAGAAUGUUGACACCAGAAGACCUAUCAGAAAUGCUUUUAAAAGAGGAUAUGCGCAACAAUUACAUAUUGACAAGUAAAAUGUUAAACUUUGUUGAACUUGUUGAUGUCACCAAAUAUGCCACUGCCAUAACAGGAAUAGCACAAGAGGAAAAUGUGUCCAUCUCGGAAGUAAGGUCAUUGAUGCAGAUCUUCUUGGAUGUUGAGUUUACGAACCUCCAGUCCAAAUUCUCUUUGUAUGACACCAAUGAUUGGAAGGACUUAUUUGGAAACAAACUGCGUCUCCUGCUGCCAUAUGUCAAUCAGACAAUUCUGGAGAUACUGCCAGUUAGCAUCACCUGCUCUUCCUACCAGGCAAUACUUAGUGAAUUUUCAUCAUCAAGUACCUAUCUGUCUCUGACAAAUGACACAAAGGAAGUCAUCUACACUGCUUUCAUUAAAAGAUACAUGCUGAGUCAAUUACAUUCCGAAGAUAUAGUGUGUGACACUGGAGACUUCAGAAGUUGGAUCGAGCUUAAUUUUGCUUACUUUAUCCAGCAAUCCACUUUUGAUGAUCUCUUCAUCUUCAAUAAAAACCUUACACAGGUGUUAAAUCCAGCUGAUCUUUCUGUCGCGGAUCUUGCGGACUUCACUUUCCUGGCUGACUCUGUGCACAAUUCCACAUUAUUGACUCUUAUAUUUGGUCAGAUUAAGGAAUUUACAAAUUAUAGCAUGUUCCUGGGAUAUCUUACAGGCAUCCAAAACUCCAUAUGUCAGGUCACAAACACUUCUUCUAACACAACUUCAUGUGACCCACAACAGCCAACGACUCAUCUGAGCUACAAUACCCAGCAGGAGCUUCUUGAUACUAUCUUCAUAUUGCUCAAUAAGGACUGGAGUCUUCUAGCCAUGCCUGAUUGGUUCCAAGUGUUUGACAUUGUCAUUGGCACUUUCUUUGAUGCUCUCAGUGAAAGACACUUGUCUAAGCUGCCUCUUAACAUUUCAUGUGAAGACUAUCAGACUAUAAUUAAAAAACUAAGCAAUGUCCACUCCAAGCUUGACAAGAUCAAAGUUGAAGCAAUUUAUACCUUCUGCAAGACUUAUCUAAUCCAACAAAUACAUAUCACAGGAUAUGCAUGUGCCACCCCUGAAACUGAAACCACAGAAUGGAUCACAAAGAAUCUGGCACUCUUUGUGACCAGUACUACUGUCUUAGAAUUAAUGGAGUUUUUCCCCAAUCUUGACUUGAGUUCUGUUCUAAGUGUCCUAACACCCACUGAGACAGCCAUCCUUAUAACCAAACCAGAUGUCCUCUCCAACACCACAAUACUGACAGAGAUCCUAAGUCUUCUUCAGCCACAGAACAUUCCACAAUACGUUCAAGCUAUUAUAUCCACAGCAGAAACGGCUAAUCUAUCUGAAUCUCAGUUAACCUUGGUGAAAGAGAUUUUCCUGGAGACUGCUUUAACUGGCCAGAGUUCAAUCUUCUACACCUAUAAAACUGAAGACUGGAAGGUUUUGUUCCAGAUUGACUUGGUUCUACUCUUACCCGUCACCACACCAUCUAUACUGCAGAUUAUACCCACCAACAUCAGCUGCCUUUCCUACCAGGCAAUAUUACAAGGUUUCAUCAUGCCCUAUGCAUCUUUCAACAAUCAGACCCAAAUAUUAAUCUACAAGGAUUUUGUCAAGAAAUAUCUAGAUGGCCAGUCGGAAUUAACAGGAGGUGCAUGUCAGGACACUGAUAUCAGAAAGUGGAUUAAAGCCAACUUGAACUUGUUCAUCCAGCAGUCUUCAUUAAAUGAUCUCAUUCUAAUGAAUUCAAUCUUUGGAAAGGUGGACAAUUUGACAGCAUCAGAAUUGGCCGAUGUAACAUUUUUAGCAGAUUAUUUGCAGGACGCUUUCUUGACAACCGUUGUCAGUAGGAUCACAGAAUUCAGUGAUUGUGGGUCACUCCUGGAAUAUCUAAAUAGAGUUCAGGACUUCAUUUGCCUGGACACAGACUUCCAAGGUGUCAAGCCUUCCUGCAAUGGCUCUCAACUACUAUCCAAACUCCAAGUUCAGACACAAGAACAGAUACUUAAUAACUCCUUUGUAUUUUUGACUGAUAGAAGAGGGUGCUCAGAUUUUUCAGCUUGGCAGAAAGCGUUCAUCAUUCUACUCACUGUCUUUGACAUUACACCUGGUGGCUCGCAGCUGUCCCAUCUACCAACACAAAUCUCCUGUCUGGAGUACCAGUCCAUAGUUAAAAAUCUGAACAAUCUUUACUACAGAAUUGAUAACUCAACUAGAGAAUUGGUUUAUGGCUACUGUAAAUCCUACCUAAGCCAGCAACAAAACACUACAGGUUCUGCAUGUUCUGUCAAAGCGACCAGCACUGAAGAAUGGAUUAACACAAACCUAGGUUCCUACUAUAUUUUUGGAAGUGUGACUGAACUGAUCAGACUCUAUGCAAAUCUGGACAUUAGAUUUGUCCUUGGCCUAGUGACACGUGAUGAUGUUCCCCUGCUUCUGACAAAGUCUGAUGUCCUAUUGAAUGGUAUGAUACUUGAAAGGGUCAUAAGCCUUGUGGCAAGAGAAAACAUCAUUGACUAUCUCAAAAUAAUUGAAAACACAGUGGAAAAGAAAAACCUUUCAGAAUCCCAACUAACAUCCAUCAAAGAGACAAUGAUUACUGUUGUCCUGAAGAACCUUCAGCCAAGCUUCUACACCUAUGACACUCGAGACUGGACAAUUUUAUUCCAGACAGACUUGGCUGACCUGAUCCUGUAUAUCAAUCAAACCAAUCUGCAGCUUCUGCCGACCAAUAUAUCAUGCUCUUCUUACCAGGCCAUAGUGAAGGCUUUCAGUCGUGAUUUUGUAUUAAUGGAGCCAAAGGAAAAAGAAGAUAUAUAUCAGUACUUUAUUAAAAUUUAUUUGAUGGAUCAGUCCACUGGUACAGGUAUUGCCUGUGACUCAACUAGUUUGAAAGUUUGGGUUGUUCUAAACUUAGCAGAUUUUAUUGAACAGUCAACAAUUCAGGACCUAUCGGCAUUCAAUCAAAACUUUUCAAAGUUUGAGAACCCAGAGACCUUGUCUGUAGAUGAACUGGUGGAUUUGACAUUCAUUGCGGAUUCCUUCAUGAACACAACUUUAAGUACAACUCUUCUGGGUCUCAUCAAGGAAUUUAAGAGUUAUAAUAUACUCCUGAAAUAUCUUAUAAGAGUACAAACUACAAUGUGUCAGCCCACCGAUUCAACUUCAAACACAUCAUCUUGCGAUCCUCUUCAACCAACAUCCUACCUGAUUUUCAGCACCCAGCAGGAACUUGUAAAUAAUGUUUUCUCUCUUCUCAAUGAGGAUUGGAGCCUCCAGAAUAUGACCGAAUGGCUCCAGGUUUUCCACAUUAUCAUUCUUGACUUUUUCCAUGCAAUCAACGAAACACAACUUUCUCAACUACCCUUACAAAUUCCAUGUGAACAUUAUCAGGCAAUAGUAAAGGAGUUAAAUUCCAUAUUUUAUAAACUCGAUGAAGCUGAAAUGAGCGCAGUCUACAUUUACUGCAAAUCCUACUUGGACAUGCAGAAAGACUUUGCAGGGUCAGCCUGUGAAGAUAACAACACUGAUACUGAGAUGUGGAUUGACAAGAACCUGGGUCAUUUUCUCAUUCGUUUCACAUUGUCAGAACUUCAAGAGUUAUAUCCAGACUUUGACAUGAGUGUGCUUCUGAAGGUCAUUACUCCAAAUGAUGCUGCUGUGCUACUGAUCAAGUCAGACAUCUUAUCAAACAGCACCUUGUUAGGAGAAAUCCUUAGUCUAAUAAAACCCGAAGACGUCACAAACUACACAACCGCUAUAACCAUGGCAGCUGCACAGGCUAAUCUUUCAGAAUCCCAAAUAACCUUCAUAAAAGAGAUUUUCCUGGAAACCAUUAUCAUUAAACUGAGUGGAAGUGUCUCCCUUUAUACAAGUGAAGAGUGGAAGAUCUUGUUCCAAACUAACUUAGUUCUUAUCCUACCUUCCAUCACACCAUCUAUAGUACAGCUAUUGCCAACAAACCUCAGCUGCUCAUCAUACCAAGAGAUAUUGAAAGGAUUAAGCAUGAUUUAUGACCAGCUCACAUCUAAAACUGCAGAAGCCAUCUAUGACCUUUUUAUAAAGAAGUUCUUAUAUAUGCAAUCACAGAAAAAUGGGGUAGCAUGUGAAGCCAUCGACAUUAGAGCAUGGAUUAAGUUAAACUUGGCCCUCUUCUUCCGGCAAGCCUCUUUCUCAGACCUUAUGGACGUCAAUGCUGAUUUUGUGAAGGUGUUAGAACCUACAUCACUUACUGCAUCUGAACUGGUUGACUUCACGUUCUUGGCUGACUACUUCCAAAACAUAUCUGUGGUCACUUCCCUUGUCAAUCAGGUGGACCAGCUGAGCAACUGUACAUCUUUGUUGGCAUAUCUUCUCAGAGUUCACAGCUCCUCAUGUCAAGACACAUUCCAGAAGAACGACUCUUGUGUUGCACAGUCAGUAAUAACUGACCUCAGUGUCCAAACUCAGGAUGAAAUUAUCAGCAGCAUAUUUGUUCUAUUGAACCAUGACCAGAUUUGCCUCAACACCUCCGGCUGGCUACAAGCAUUUACCCUUAUCCUCAACAGUUUCUCAGUUACCCCGAAUGAAUCUGAGCUUUCUGAUCUUCCUCUAGAUGUGAGCUGCCAAGAAUACCAAGCUGUACUGGAAGACCUGAGUGAUAUUUACAACAGACUGAAUGACUUGGAAAAAGAAUCCAUCUUUAACUACUGUAAGCUGUUCCUUACUCAACAGAAAAAGACUACAGGCUUUGUAUGCACCAGAGAUGUCAUGGGAAGUGAAGAGUGGAUUCUUACAUACGUUGGACCUUUUUUCACCAGUGGCAACUUCUUCAGUUUGCUAGACAUAAAUCCAAAUUUAAACAUGGGUGCUGUACUAGAUAACCUGACACCAAGCCAAGUGUCACAGAUUUUGACACAACCUGAAGUGCUCUUGAACCUCACAUUGUUGGAAAGUUUGGCACACCUGAUGGGAAAGGAAAACUUUACUCACUAUGUUAAUAUAAUUGAAGAAACAAUGGAAAAGGCAAGCCUGUCACAGCAGCAAGUAACAACAAUAAAGACAACACUCCUAGCUACCCAGAUCAGUGGUCUUCGGGUCGAGUUCUCUACUUAUACAACGGAAGAGUGGACAGUCUUGUUCCAGGACUACUUGUUUAAUUUGACUGCAUACUUCAACAAAUCACUUCUUGAGUUCAUUCCUUUGAACGUAUCCUGCUCCUCCUACCAAGUAAUAGUGAAAGUUUUUAGCAUUCAGUUUAGCUCGAUGACAGAUGAAACAAGAGAAGCAAUCUAUCAGUACUUCCUGAAACCAUACUUGACAGCAAAAGCUUCCACUUCCGCAGUUGUUUGUGAUGCUGGAAGCUUCCAGAACUGGCGUGAAGUGAACUUUGGAGUCUUUUUCUACUUUUUCCAACUUGGAGAAAUCUUAACACUCAAUGAAAAUUUUACACCGGAUGAAGUGGGUCCAGCGGACAUGGCCGUACUCGUGACCAAAACUGAAGUUCUCCGUAAUGAAACUUUGCUGGAAAAAUUUCUAAGCUCUAUUGCACCACAAAAUAUCUCAGUCUUCCUGCAAUCUAUCUCAUCCGCAGCAACACAGGCAAGCCUGUCAGAGCAGCAAGUAACAACAAUAAAGAAAACACUCCUAGCUACCCAGCUCAGUGGUCUUCAGGUCGAGUUCUCUACUUAUACAACGGAAGAGUGGACAGUCUUGUUCCAGGACUACUUGUUUAAUUUGACUGCAUACUUCAACCAAUCACUUCUUGAGUUCAUUCCUAUGAAUGUAUCCUGCUCCUCCUACCAAGUAAUAGUGAAAGUUUUUAGCAUUCAGUUUAGCUCGAUGACAGAUGAAACAAGAGAAGCAAUCUAUCAGUACUUCCUGAAACCAUACUUGACAGCAAAAGCUUCCACUUCCGCAGUUGUUUGUGAUGCUGGAAGCUUCCAGAACUGGCGUGAAGUGAACUUUGGAGUCUUUUUCUACUUUUUCCAACUUGGAGAAAUCUUAACACUCAAUGAAAAUUUUACACCGGAUGAAGUGGGUCCAGCGGACAUGGCCGUACUCGUGACCAAAACUGAAGUUCUCCGUAAUGAAACUUUGCUGGAAAAAUUUCUAAGCUCUAUUGCACCACAAAAUAUCUCAGUCUUCCUGCAAUCUAUCUCAUCCGCAGCAACACAGGCAAGCCUGUCAGAGCAGCAAGUAACAACAAUAAAGAAAACACUCCUAGCUACCCAGCUCAGUGGUCUUCAGGUCGAGUUCUCUACUUAUACAACGGAAGAAUGGACAGUCUUGUUCCAGGACUACUUGUUUAAUUUGACUGCAUACUUCAACAAAUCACUUCUUGAGUUCAUUCCUAUGAACGUAUCCUGCUCCUCCUACCAAGUAAUAGUGAAAGUUUUUAGCAUUCAGUUUAGCUCGAUGACAGAUGAAACAAGAGAAGCAAUCUAUCAGUACUUCCUGAAACCAUACUUGACAGCAAAAGCUUCCACUUCCGCAGUUGUUUGUGAUGCUGGAAGCUUCCAGAACUGGCGUGAAGUGAACUUUGGAGUCUUUUUCUACUUUUUCCAACUUGGAGAAAUCUUAACACUCAAUGAAAAUUUUACACUGGUAAGUCUAGUGCAAAUAGAAAGAUAUUCAUAA